UUACUUUCAUGUUGUGGAACUUUUUUUCAUUUUAAUUGCAAAAUCCAUAUUUUAACAAGAAGUUAUUUCUCUGAUUCAUCACACUGUAUUGUAGCAAGAGCUGGGCUGUGCUUGGUUGAAAUGUAAAAUGAAGAGCUGUUAGAAUCCUCAACCUGCCUGACCUAAUUAGAGCCCUCCUCCUGUUUCCUAUAAAAGGAAAACUGUGUAAGACUCAGUGCCAGUGCUUUGACUGAAUUUUGUACACACAAUGGCUGUGCCUGCUCCUGCUGCCUCUUAUGAAGUAAAAGUUUAGGCUCACACUGAGCUGCUUAAAUGGUACCACUGGGACCAGACCAAAAGCUUAACAGGAUUCUGAGCCACACGUGAUUGUAGGGCUUGGAUUAGUGUUUGGGUUUCAAAGGUCAGCAGAGCCAUUGCUGCUUCCAGUGCAUGUGCUCUGGGCAGGCACAGCCCACAAAGGGGCAAGAGCACAGGUGAACUGCAAUAAUUUCCUAGGCUGGUGAUUCCCUCUGGAGUUUGAGGCAAUGCCUGAAAUGCUGGUGGGAAUGGAGCAGGAAGAUGUUGACAUUCCCAGUAGGCGAGUUUUGAUCACCGGUGCUACGGGACUUCUUGGCAGAGCUGUGUUUAAAGAAUUCCGUGAAAAUAACUGGAAUGCAGUUGGCUGCGGAUACAGGAGAGCUCAGCCCAGAUUUGAACAGAUUAAUCUUCUGGACUCUAUUGCAGUUCAUGACAUUAUCCAUGAUUUUCAGCCUCAUGUUAUAGUGCAUUGUGCUGCUGAGAGAAGGCCAGAUGUUGUAGAAAGUCAACCAGAUGCUGCUUCUCAGCUCAAUGUGGCUGCUUCAGCAAACUUGGCAAAAGAGGCAGCUGGAGUUGGAGCGUUUCUGAUCUACAUCAGUACAGACUAUGUGUUUGAUGGAACAAGCCCUCCUUAUAAAGAGACUGAUGUACCAAAUCCCCUGAAUUUAUAUGGUAAAACCAAGCUGGAGGGUGAAAAGGCAGUCCUGGAAAACAAUGAAGGAGCUGCAGUACUUAGGAUUCCUGUCUUGUAUGGAGAGGUAGAAAGACUGGAGGAAAGUGCUGUGACUGUUAUGUUUGAUAAAGUGCAGUUCAGUAAUAAAUCUGCCAACAUGGACCACUGGCAGCAGAGAUUUCCUACCAAUGUCAAGGAUGUAGCAGCUGUUUGCAGACAACUGGCAGAGAAGAGAAUGAUGGACCCAUCAGUAAAAGGAACAUUUCACUGGUCUGGCAAUGAGCAGAUGACUAAGUAUGAGAUGGCCUGUGCAAUUGCAGAUGCUUUCAACCUCCCCAGCAGCCACUUGAGACCAAUUACUGACAGCCCAGUUGUGGGUGCUCUUCGCCCGAGGAACGCUCAGCUGGACUGCUCCAAGUUGGAGAUGCUGGGGAUAGGCCAGAGGACACCAUUUCGAGCUGGGAUCAAAGAAUCACUUUGGCCUUUCCUCAUUGACAAGAGAUGGAGGCAGACAGUCUUCCAUUAGUUUGUAACUUUUUUAGUAAAAGUAUGCUAUGUGGCACUUUUUUAAAAGAAAGAAUAGUUUUGUAUGAGUGUUCUUAAAUCGUGACAUUUAUGAGCUUUCAUUUAAUCGGGUAAACAAAUGGUCUUGCACUAGUGAAACUGUUAGCCUAAAAAAAGUUCAGUGACAGAAACUGAGCCUAUUUGAUGUCAUGCAUCUUUCCUUCCAUUUGUACCAGUCUAACUUAGUAUCUGUUCCAGGCAGAUUGAGGUUCUUAGUAAUCAGUGCCAUGCGAUGCUAAGAAUCACUUCACUUGCUGACUUACUUUUGGCUGAACUGUGUUGUUGAUGCUUAAGGUCUGUGUCAUUGUUGUAUAUACCAUUUCUCCUCAUUAAAAGACAUGGUCGGUUACUUUAUUAUCAAAAAUUCGAGUUUUUUGUUUUUAACUUCUGCAGGUGGUGUUCUUAGGGAGUUAAGCUGAAGUAGAAAUAGUUAAAUACUUGUUUUGCUCGAGCUCUGAUCAAAACGUUUUUUAAAAAAGCGAAACCUUAUUUUUGCAAUUAUCAAGUGUACUUUUUAUGCUUGAAAUAUUUUCAGAAUGUUCUGUAACUUGAAUGCCUGCAGCUUUGUAUUUGUACAGUAAGUUGUAUGCAUUUGUUUAAAUGGUGACUUGUAAAAGCUGGAAGGGGGUGGGGAGGGUGGGGAAAAAGUUUUGACCUGGGGGUUUUUUUGGGUGGGGGGAUUGGAGUUGGAGGAUUCCUUUUUUUUUUUAUUUUUUUUUGACUGGGUGGUUGUUUGUUUUUCUUACAAAAGCAUAAAAUGUCUUCAUCUUUCUCUUUUCGGGGGGCAGUAUUUGGGAUUGGCUAAACUGAUGGGAGGAAUUUGUUUGUUAGUUGAUACAGUGAGAUGGAGAGGAAAGGUGUUUAAGAAUUUGUAGCACUGCGGCUUCUUUUGCACAGACUGUCAGACUUUGCACUGAUGCAGCUUGUUCUGGAACAGCAAAGUGCUUGUGUUGAAGGUUUGCAGCAUAAUAAUGUAACCACAAUAGUCUAAUAUAAGUCUUUAGUCUGCUUAAGUCUUGUCUUUAAAGCUGGACUCAAUAGCCAGGUAAAGUGGAGGAAGAACACGUUUGUAAAGGUUUGCUUCCUUCUGAAAUGGUAGAAUUAACAAUAUGAAUGUUCCUCUAUUGGCAGCAGGUUAUUAGGAAAGCCAAUAAAAGGUGCAGUUGGAUGAUCAUUUAUUUUUCUGAGGUUUAAAUAAAGGAGGAAGGAAAGAUGUUCAGAUUUAAUUUGGAAAAAAAAAGAAGAGGGUUGAGGGGAGACACACACAAAAAUAGACCAACUGAAGGUCUUGUAAAGAUCAGCUUUAUGUUCAGUCAUUUAAUUUCAACUGGCAUAUGCUAAGCAUUCAUAAUCCCAAUUUGUUUUUAGUCUGAAGUCCUAUUAUACACAUGGUAAUUUAUCUCCAAAAUGACAAUAAAUAUAUAUUGCCAGCAUGAGAAA